GUCAAUGUUGUGAAAUGUGUCGUAAGUUACAUUACAUUGAAAUCGGCCAUUCGCUUCUGGAUUUGUAAUAAAAGUGUUAGUAAUAUUUCAAUUUCCAGUAUUCGUUCCGACAUACCGUACCUAUUAUGGCAUCGAGAAUGAGUGAUGACACCUUUGUUGAGGAAGUACCCAAAUUCGUAAAACUAAUUGAAUCCAGUACAGCCAAAGGUAGCUUAGCCUCGACCAUCAAAGAAAUAAUAAGCGAUGUCUUCAAUGUAUCAGUUGAACGAGGGCUUAACGACGAGGAGUGCUCCAUGUUGCUUAAUUUAUUCUGCAAAGGAUCCAUAAGUAUGAGUGACAAAUUUAAGCUUCUACAAAAUAUUGUUCCUAAGAAGCAAAUUCCAGACGCAGCUACUCGACAGUUCAUGGUCUGGUUCAUCUCACGUUUUAGACGUGACGAGAAUUUCAGUUUUGCUCCAAGUGCACGAAUUCUUCAAUGGAUCAUUGGACUUCUAGAACACAACCUAGUGAAUUCAAAAGAGAUUUACAUUUUUUACUUGGAUUUCUUUGAUAUGCUCCGGCCACCUUUGAUUCCAUACGUUUCAAAACUGUUGUGCAUCCUUACCAAACCAGAUGAUGUGACUAGUCAGACAGUAUUGACGUUGUGGGAUCAUAUCGGUGAUGAAAGUAACAAAUACCUUCUUGCUGUUGUCAAAGUUUUCAAAGGCUACAAGCCACACUUGAUGGUGGAAGAUGUAAAGGAUGUGGAUGUUGUGAAAGUGCUCAAGUCUGUACCUCAAUCCAUGGACUCUAUCAUGCGAGUAAGGGAGAUCAACUCCCGGGGACCCUGCAUGCCAAAGAGCACUCUCGGGCUCCGUGAAGUACCUACUAGCAACCAUUCGUAUUUCAAUGACGAAAAUAAAAUCAGCUCGUUGAUUCCUCUGCCAACAUACAACUUUGAAGGAAUCGACAAGUUUAAAGCAUGCUAUCCGGAUAGUGUCGAGCAAGCUGGCAGAAGGUUCAGCAAAGUACCCAUCCCACAGAACGUCAUGGCUCUUCUGCACAAUGAUGUCGGCUUCUUUACUUUAAUGUAUCAAGGAAUCGAACUACAGUUUCGGUUACAAAACAUCCUUCUACAGACACUACAGAAUGUUUUGAUUUACAAAGAAUUCAAAAGUACCGAAGAAGAUGCUGAGCUGCUGUUGAGAAGGGUUUGUUGUCUCGAGACUUUCUUACAACAAGGGUUGCCUGCUGUGACAUUGUUCUUGAGUGGAUACCUUUUGAACUGGGAUGGAGUGGAUCACAGGCACAGCAUAAUGAAUCUUAUUGAAUGGGCUACGUUUCAUUCGUUUAAAGAGCUUGCUUGCAACAUUUUGCGUCCGCUGCACGUUCUGUUUGUUACCAACACUGUCAACAUGCGAAAGAAAAUCAUUCAGAUGUUGACUAACCUCAUCAGAAACAUGUUUGCUGAUGUCUAUAGGGUUCAGCAGGGUAUUCCGUUCCCUUUCCUUAAGCGAGGUCCCAAAUGGACCAAUGAGCCGGAGACUAUGCUGCAAUCGUUGGUGUCGUGGACGGAGAACCUGAUCAUGCUGGGACUCACUUUGGAGCGUGAUUCCUCAUCUCUGCUGAUGGAGUCUAUACAAUUCUAUGAAAUGAUCAACGUGCUAGAGGCGGCCAGUGGUUUACCAUUGUUUACUGUGGUUUCAGAGGGAGUCGUACUGCAAAGCUUGCUAAGUCAAAACCCCAACACUAUCAUAAGCAUAUGUCGGCUCUUGCUCAGGUAUCAUAAAGAGUUUCUGCCAAAACUAAGAGUGGAACAGCCUCGUUUCUACAAACAUUGCGAAGAUAAAAUUGAACUCACAGCUAACUAUGCACAGAGAAUUAUCUACUUUCUGCAAAAUGGCCAGGUGGUGCUUCCAAGAAAACAGAAUGGUGCGGUAGUUAGAGAUGUUGUAGACAUGAAUUUAUCAGAAGGAGUUGAAUCUCUAUGUCUCACAUCUCACCUGUGUUUUCUCACAACCUACGUAUCGUUCGAGACUAAGAAAAACUUUUUGAGCCUCUCACAUCCAGGAGAUAGAAAAAAAUCUUUAGAAUUGGCAUCGCUCCACCUGAGAGAAAUCAAAGAAUUUAUCAAUUUCUUCUUUCCAAGUAUUCCAGAAGCCAGAGAUUGAAGACAAGUGUACCUCAUAGAAGACAAAGUUUUGUGAAAAAUUAGAAGACUGAGGGAAAUUUAUACAAGGGUCUUUGAAACUUAGGCCAGCUCUACAAGUAUGCCAAACUGUUAUUUUUAUAAUUUUAUAACUCACACUCACAGUGGGCUUAUUGUACAUUCCCAAACUUGGAAAUAGGGUUAUCAAAGUCAAAUGUGGGUUUCUGUAUAUUCUUAUCCAAAAAUGCAUAUUAUUUAUUUUGUAUAUACGAUAUUUCCAUUUUGUUUCUUACUCUAUGUAUAACUUUUAUCGUAAGAUUAUUUUGUCCAAUUCAAUAUACCAAUCUCUCAUGUAAUUAGGAUUCUUUUUUAAGC